ACUUGUCUGUUAAUCGUUUUUAGCAAAGAUGAAUUUCCAGAGGUUUACGUGCCCACCGUUUUUGAAAACUACGUCGCAGACAUUGAAGUGGACUCCAAACGAGUUCAGCUAGCUUUAUGGGACACUGCGGGGGCAGGAGGACUACGACCGACUGAGACCCUUAUCCUAUCCGGACACCGAUGUCAUCCUGAUGUGCUUCUCUGUGGAUAGCCCAGACUCUCUGGAAAACAUUCCAGAAAAGUGGGUGCCGGAAGUGAAACACUUCUGUCCAAAUGUGCCCAUAAUUUUGGUGGCGAAUAAGAAAGAUUUGCGGAGCGAUGACAAUGUGAGAAGUGAACUGUCGAGAAUAAAACAGGAGCCAGUGAGAACGGAGGACGGACGCGCCAUGGCUGCUCGCAUCGGAGCGCACGACUACAUAGAGUGCUCUGCCAAAACGAAAGAGGGGGUUCGGGAAGUAUUUGAGACCGCUACUCGAGCAUCCUUACAGAAGAGACCAAGGUCACCCGCUGGCUGUUUGAACUGUUGCCGAAUGAUGUGAAAAACAACACAAACCUAUGACACAAAGGACACCCUCCUCGAAAGGAUUGCUUUUUUGGGGUAUGCAAACA